CUCUUCCUUUUCCCCUGCCAUGUCUAAUUUCUCUCCCUCUCUCCCUCCAUAGGAUGGCAGGAACCUACCCAAUGUCUUCAUAUUUCAUGGGAAAAUUCAUCACAACCCGAUCGCUCUCGACAGUCGGCAAAUCCAAGCCCCGGACUCAGUCCCUAAUCCCCAAGCUCAUCAGCAAGCUCUGCACCGACCCCGAGUCGAUAAGCAUGGCCUCGACCGACUUCGGCAACAUCGUCUGGGAAACCCCCCAAGGCGUCCUCCAGCCGUCGUGCCAUGAGGAAAUUGUAGACCUUGUGAGGGACGCGUACAGCGACGAUAAUCCCUCCGCCCCAUUCCCGAUCGCGGCCAGAGGGUGUGGCCACUCGGUUCGGGGCCAAGCCCUGGCCCCAGGGGGGAUCGUGGUGGACAUGACAUCCCUGGCGAGCCACCAAGGUGGCACUGGCGGAGGACCAGCUGUUGCCGUGUCGUGGAGCAGGUCGCUCGGGCACUACGCCGACGUCAGCGGCGGGCAGAUCUGGAGGGACGUGUUGGAGGAGACUUUAAGGCAUGGGCUCGCGCCGGUCUCGUGGACGGAUUAUUUGUACGUGACCGUGGGAGGGACGCUCUCUAAUGGCGGCAUAAGCGGGCAAACGUUUCGAUACGGUCCUCAAAUCAGCAACGUGUACGAAAUGGACAUCAUUACUGGGACCGAGGAACUUAUGACUUGCUCACCUGACAAAAAUCCCGAGCUGUUUUACUCUGUUCUCGGAGGUCUUGGCCAGUUCGGCAUAAUAACAAGAGCGAGGAUUGCCUUAGAUCGAGCUCCAAAGAGAGUCAAAUGGGUGAGAAUGCUGUACAGUGAUUUUUCGGCUUUUACGAGAGACCAAGAACAUCUGAUCUCAAAGAGUGGGAGGGACCAAGACGAUGCAUUGGAUUAUGUGGAAGGGCUGCUCCUCAUGCACCAGGGUCCUCCGGAUAGUUGGAGAUCUUCUUUCUUCCCUGAGCCGGACCACCCACGAAUCGCAUCGUUGAUGGACCGACAUGAACUCAUCUAUUGUCUCGAAGUAGCAAAGUACUACGAUGAUCUCACCGAGAAUACAGUGAACAGGGAUCUGGAGAAUUUGUUCCAAGAAUUGAGCCAUAUUCCCGAGUUCUUGUUCCAAAAAGACGUCACCUACAUCGAUUUCCUUGAUCGAGUGCGAAAGGGAGAGCUGAAACUCCGAGCGCAGGGCCGUUGGGAUGCUCCUCAUCCAUGGUUGAACCUAUUCGUGCCCAAAUCUCGCAUCUCCGAUUUCAACAACGGUGUUUUCAAGAACAUUGUUCUCAAAAGGAACAUAACUACAGGAACCGUCCUCAUUUAUCCCAUGAAUCGAAACAAGUAG